AUGCCUCGCAAGUACGUGCGCAAAGUGGGGGCAAUCCCUCGGGGCGAAUGGACGGAAGAUGCGCUACGAGAAGCUUUUGAAGAAAUAAGGCAGAAUAAGUAUGGCUUGAAUGAAAUAUCUCGUCGUUAUGGAAUUCCUGCCAGGACCCUGAAAAGACGAUUCACAAAACAAGAUACUACGAAACUUACUUUAGGGAAACACCCCGUUCUAGACUUCGAUAACGAAAAACGGCUCGUCGCACACAUUCAGAAACUAGAAGCAGCUGGGUUUCCUGUGACACGAGAUACGGUACGAAGUUUAGCGUUUCAAUUUACUGAAAAACUUGGCAUUAAUCAUGACUUUAAUAAGGAGACAGGCAAGGCUGGACCUCAUUGGCUAAAAUCCUUUUUAGAACGCCAACCUACGCUUAGCGUUCGGCAAGCUGAAGAUGGGCAUUCUUCUCAUACGAACUCUGUCGAAAUGUUCGAGACUGCCGAAGAAAAUGGUAAAAUACUUUUUUGUCUGCCAAGCCACAGCACGCAAGCUUUACAACCCUUAGACCGUAGCUUUUUCAAGCCAUUUAAGACUUUUUAUGCAGCUGAGACGAGGAACUGGAUGCUUACAAACAAAGAAAAAAAAAUCAACCGUUUAAUAGCUGGCAGGCUAAUUGGUAAUGCAUGGAUUCGAGCGACUACGCCUUCUAAUGCUAUUUCGGGCUUUAGGUCUUGCGGUAUUUACCCUUACAAUCCGGCUGCUAUUCCAGAAAGUUUCUUUGCAAUCUCCGAUUUGUCAUCAAGCAAUCAACUCCGUGAUGAGCCACAAGAUAUCUUACCUGAAAAUACGUUUCAAUUACCUGGUCCCUCAUGUAGCAAUCAGUUGUUGCCAGAAUCAAACUGCAACAAGGUUUCAGGUUUGGCUGAAACUCAAAAUUCUACACUAACAAAUGUUGAUCAAACACAUGAUAAUUGUGGAAGUCAUGAUACAACGAGAGAAGAUUCUCCAUCUCUUCUUUCCCAAUCUCAUUGUCUGCAGCCAAAUGAAGAAGGCGUAAAGCAGACACCUAGCAAGUUUUUGCAAGAAUGUUCCCCUGUACCGAAAAUUCUGAUACCUUUAUACAAAAGAGGAAAACAAUCAGCUGCAGUAUUAAAUUCCAAAGAAAACAUAGCUAAUAAGAAAAUCAAAGGUAAAGCUACUCCUAACAUACCAUGCAAAAGUAGUAAAGUAAAAAGACCAAGGAAGAUGACAGAAAAAAGGCCAAGAGUAGCUUCAAAAGAGACAGAUUCAUCUGCCACAAAUGAUUCUGAUGAAUUUUUCAAAGAAAAUGAAUCUCAUGUUGACGUAAAACAGAAAAAUAUGAAGAGAGCUAAGAAAUUAAAAAUAAAAGAAAGAAAUGAAACUUCAAGCUUAAUGUGA